AGUCCGCGUCCCGCGCGCACGCCGGCGAGUGGCGGGUUGCAUAACCUCGCGGGGCGACCCAGCCGCCGCAGUCGUCUCGCGUCGAGAGAGAGAGAGAGAGAGAGAGAGAGAGAGAGAGACGGAGAGGGGGUAAGAGGUCUUCUCUGGUCUUGCGACGAGCACAGCUGGGAGGGAGGGGGGAGUUGGGAAAGAUGCGGGCGUCAGCCGCGUCGCGACUACUCGGAAGGGCAGCGGCGCAGACCGACUCCUAGUGGCCCGAGGGGUGGACUUAAUUUAAUUUUUAUUUUUUUAACUUUUUAGUUUUGCCUCCUGAGCGACGACCUGAAGUAUUGUCGCCGGCGAUGGCCGUGUUUCUGCUUCUCGUGGCGCUCCUCGCAAUCUCCGAUACUCGGGCGAGUUCAGGCUACGAAAGCUGGGAUGAAUGGUGGACAUAUGAUGGAAUUUCUGGGCCCGGCUUCUGGGGCUUCAUGAACCCGCAGUGGCCGCUGUGCCGCAAGGGCCGCCGCCAGUCGCCCAUCAACGUGGAGCCGGACAAGCUGCUCUAUGAUCCGCUGCUCAGGAACUUCCACAUCGACAAGUACAAGGUGAGCGGCACGCUGCACAACACGGGCCAGACGCUCGCCUUCCGCGUCGACAAGGACACGAAGAACCACGUGAACAUCACCGGCGGGCCGCUCGCCUACCGCUACCAGUUCGAGGAGAUCUACAUCCACUACGGCACGGAGAACCUGCAGGGCUCCGAGCACCGCAUCCAGGGCUACUCCUUCCCGGCGGAGAUCCAGCUGUACGGGUUCAACGCCGAGCUGUACCACAACAUGUCCGAGGCGCAGCACAAGUCGCAGGGCAUCGUGGGAAUUUCCCUGAUGGUGCAGAUCGGCAACACCCCCAACCCCGAGCUGCGCAUCAUCACCAGCACCUUCAACAAACUCCUCUUCAGAGGAUCGUCCACGCCCGUCAAGCACCUGUCGCUGCGCAGCCUGAUGCCCAUCACGGACUACUACAUGACCUACGAGGGGUCGACCACGCACCCGGGCUGCUGGGAGACCACGGUCUGGAUCAUCCUCAACAAACCCAUCUACAUCACCAAGCAGGAGAUGUACGCGCUGCGGAGGCUGAUGCAGGGCACGGAGAAGUCUCCGAAGGCGCCCCUGGGGAACAACGCCAGGCCCCUGCAGCCUCUGCACCACCGCACAGUCCGCACCAACAUCGACUUCCGCAAGGAAGAGGUCAGCCUGAUGGGCAAGAACUGUCCAAGUAUGUACAAGGAAAUGUAUUAUAGAGCGAACACCUGGAGCGAGCAGGACGCCCCCUACCAGGUGUAGCCGGCCGGGGGGUCGCGAACUCCCGUCCCCGCCCGAGGACGGCCGAGGACGGCCGAGUUCGUCCGAGGACGGCCGAGUUCACCCGAGGAUGGCCGAGUUCACCCGAGGACGUCCGAGUUAGCCCGAGUUCGCCCGAGGACGGCCGAGUUAGCCCGAGUUCGCCCGAGGAUGGCCGAGUUCGCCCGAGGACGGCCGAGUUAGCCCGAGUUCGCCCGAGGACGGCCGAGUUCGCCCGAGGACGGCCGAGGACGACCGAGUUCGUCCGAGGAUGGCCGAGUUCACCCGAGGACGGCCGAGUUCGCCCGAGUCGGCGCGUCAACCUUCUGGUCAAUUACCCGCCCCUCUUGUUCCUCCGCGCGGCUGCGUCACCGUCACGUCACCGCCGGGAACCAGACAAUUUUCCCUCGCCAGAAACUCAGGGAUGGUGCUCAAAACGUUCAGUGCAAGAAUCGUUCGUGUGAGACUCAAAUAGAGAAAAAAUAAUAAACCGGCCAGACCGUGUCAAAUUGUGUAUGAGCGCAGUGUUUAGUUGCCGCGAGUGUCGUUUUGAGUUUGAGCUUUCUGUGUGAAUAAUACUCAGUAGGCAGAGUGUUUGAUAGAAAACUAACAAGUACGUUAACUCUAGCUAGUAAAAUAUAUACAUAUAUUUUUUUUUCCUUCAGAAUAACUCUGAAAGUUAUUAGUCUGAAUAACUCUGGUGCACUAACUUCCAACCAAAUGUUAUGCUACUGACAGGUUGAAAAAUUUACGCAAGAUUUUUCAACCAUGCAAACGUUUGUAUGUAUUAUGUUUGGAAUAUACUAUUUUCAGCCUUGGUGCUGUGUGAAAGUACUUGACAUUUUUAAAAAUUAUAUAAAUUAUUCCUAAAAUAUUAUUUUCAUUCUUAAUGUUUAAUUAUUUUAUUAAGGCAGUGGCAACUAAAUAUAAUUUAUUAUGUCAAUAAUAUAUUCUCAUGUAUGUAAAA